GCCAGUCAGCGCUGUUUCUCCGGCAGCCGGGAUAAUGGACGGGGCCAGGAGAGGUCGGCCGGGAAGCCCGCCUGCCGGUGCUCCGUCUCCCCUUCCUGAAAGUAGUCUGGCUCUAUAUGAAUGUCCUAUAUGCCAUCUUAGUUGUACCGAUUACCCAGUUCUGCAAGAUCAUGUCGAACUGCACCUGGAUGAAUGCAGCAUUUUACAAGGAAGAAACUUGAAUGAUCUAGAAUUGGCACAGCAUCUUCAAAAUGAAGAGGAUAGGCAAAGAAGAACAGAGACUGGAAGACAAGAAAAGGAUGAUUUCCAAAAGUUGCAGAGACAAUAUGGUUUAGAUGGUUCUGGAGGGUACAAGCAACAGUCACUAAAAGCCAUGGCAAAAGAAGUUGAUUUUGGAAGGAUGCAACCAUCUGACUAUCACAGAAGAAAAGCUGAUAUGUUGGAAUCUCUGGCUUUAGGUGUUGAUGAUGGAAAGACAAAGACUUCAGGAAUUAUGGAAACAUUGUGCCAGUAUUAUCAGAAUGAAUGCAAAGAUAUAAAGCAUGUGUGGCUUUCUGCAGGAGUGGAUCACUUUCACUGUUCUCUUGGAGACAAAGGCUGGGGUUGUGGUUAUCGGAAUUUUCAAAUUCUGUUUUCUUCUCUUUUGAGAAAUAACUCCUACAAAGACUGCUUGAAAGAUAUUUCAUCAGUUCCUUGUAUUCCAAAAAUACAAACACAAAUUGAAGAUGCCUGGAAAGAAGGCUUUGAUCCCCAAGGAGCUUCUCAUUUCAGCAGCAAAUUACAAGGAACUAAAGCAUGGAUAGGAGCAUGUGAAAUUUAUUCGCUCUUAACUUUUCUCAGGCUAAAGUGUCAAAUUAUUGACUUUCAUCAGCCUACUGGCUCUUCUGGUACACACCCUCGUUUGUUUGAAUGGGUAUUAAACUAUUAUUCUUCAGGUAAAGAUAGCAAUGGAAAGGUUAUGAGUACUUCCAAGCCACCAAUUUAUUUGCAGCACCAAGGUCAUAGUCGUACUAUUGUUGGCAUUGAAGAAAGAAAAAACAAAAGUUUGUGUCUACUAAUAUUUGAUCCUGGCUGCCCUUCAGAAGAAAUGCAAAAACUCUUAAAAGGCAUUGAUGGGAACAAUCUAAAAUUAUUUCGAAGACUCCCAGGAGGCUUAAAGCAUAAGCAGUAUCAAAUAGUGUCUGUGGAAGGUGUGCUGACAGAAGAGGAAAAAGUUGCUCGUAGGCAGGCUUCUCAAUUCUUCACAGCACAGAAAAUUCCUUGAAAUAAGAAUAUCUGAAAAAUGAAGGCAAUUGAAGGCUGCAAAGGAGAUCUGUUCAUACAGGUUGCUGAGUGAUGUACAUAGCAAUUUUUAAACAUUUCAAAAUAAAUAUUGAAAUACUUAAUUCUUAUUUGAUUCUUGCUUGAUGUUGAAUUACAAAUACUAUAUCCUGUGUUAUGUCAGCAGAAUUUUUUUAAAAUGUACUUGGAGUUGACAUGCAUAUUCAGUCUACAUAAACAUUAAAUGAUCUCUAUUCUCAGUAUUCUAGGGGGGUGGGAAUCUUUUUUUUUUGUAACGGUACUAUGAACCCAAAUCAAGACUAUUCAUAAUUCUCAGGUUUCCAAAUCAGUUCCCACUCUUAAUUUUUAAGAGCAGGAGAAACAAAAGUCAUUUAAACUAUUAUUGCUUAAAGGAAGAUGUGUUUGAAAAUUAACCUAGUAGCAACAGAAAUUACAUCCUACUUUUUACUGAUUAUCAUGAUUAUAAUGUUCUGUUUCCCCAGAUCAUGAUUCAUGAAUAUCGUAUUUAAUUAUAAUAUGUGGGGGAGGGGGGUUUCCUCAAGAUUUUUUAUGGGUGUGAUAAGCUU